AUGGAAGAGGAAGAACGACCCAGAAAAAUCCAGAAGCUUGGGAGUAGCGAAGCCCACGAAUCCGAACCGCUAAUUACCGGCGCAAUCAAAGGCUCGCAAGACGACACAUCUCCGGCCGAGCAAACCAACAGCCAAAAAGCGAUACCCGGCGCAACCACAGAUAACUCGAAGGAGUCUGAAGAGCCAGCAUCCUCUACUGCUACGGAUGGACCAGAAACUACCGAGCAGAAAAUAUCAAAAAGACAGCUGAGACGUCAGGCCAAGCUGGAACAAUGGGAAGCCAAACGGGAAGAGCGCAAGAUCAUACGGAAGCAAAAGACCGCUGCGCGAAAAGAGCGCAGACGUGAACUUUGGGAAGAAGCAAAGCGAGAGGGCAAGGACCCAAACGAGGAGUUGAAUAAAUUAUUCCCUAUGACGACGCGGACACGGCACCGCAAAUCAACACGCCUUCCGCUCACACUGAUCAUCGACUGCGGAUUUGACGACCUGAUGCAGGAUAAAGAGAGAGUCUCCCUGGGUCAACAGCUUACUCGGUCGUACUCUGAAAACAACAAGUCUGCAUUUAACGGUCAUUUGAUCAUUUCGUCUUUCAAUAAAAAGCUGAAGGAGCGCUUCGAGACGGUGCUUCACAAGACGCACGAGGGAUGGAAAGGUGUACGCUUUACGGGUGAGGAUUGGCUACAGGCUGCGAAGGAAGCAAGUGAGGUGAUGCAGGGACCUAAUGGCGGGAAGCUAGUUGGUCCAUUUGAGGACAAGACUGAUGCGAAGCCGGAAGAUGGGGAAAUUGUCUAUCUCACUAGUGACAGCUCAGAGACGCUGACAGAACUCAAGCCGUACAGCACAUAUAUAAUCGGUGGACUGGUAGACAAGAACCGGCAUAAAGGGAUUUGCCACAAGCGGGCAACGGAAUUGGGGAUCCGAACGGCUAAAUUACCAAUCGGACAGUACAUCCAGAUGAACUCACGCCCUGUCCUUGCCACAAACCAUGUCGUGGAGAUCAUGGUCCGUUGGCUGCAAUUACGGGAUUGGGCAGAAGCAUUUAUGCAGACUCUUCCGCCGCGAAAAGGUGGCGCACUAAAAGAUUCUGUCAAGGGGCAGAGGGAUUCAACACCCCGGGAUGAUGUUGAAUCAAAUACCGAAAAAGGAACCGUGUCGGAGACAGUCGAGGAUACUGAAGCUACUGAACCCGCUGAAGCAGUCACGCCAAAAGACAUCGACGCUGUACAAGAGAACAAACAAGACGAAUAG